UCUGCCACAACCACGCCGGAUGACGGCGCGUGUACGUGGUGCGUGUGGCACGGUACCUGUGUGCACGACGAGCGGCAUAGUCGACGAGGUGAGUUCCGUGCCGCCUCAUGUCUACGAAUCGUCUUCGUCGCACGGAGACACCACAGCGGCUCGCCACCCCCGUGUCUACCCCUACCUCCGGCAGCAAUACCACCCUUCCUAGGCCCAGUGGUAGCCACACGCUUCAAUCGUCGGUGGAUCCAGCGGCGCAAAGUGGUUCGUUUACGAGCUCCAAAGGACAAGAAUAUUUUUUAAAGGGGCUCGAAGCAACACUGAAUGACAACAAAAAGAAGUACGGCGACAAGGUGUGUGCGCUUCUGUCAGCUUGGGAGCAUGUCACCAAUUAUAUUCCUGCGGCACCGCCCGAGGCCAUCCAGUCUCUCAUAGAAUGGGCUCACAGACAUACAUUGACAUUGGUAUUGCGCGGGGAGUGGCCGAAAUUGCCACCCGUCACCAAAACGCACCUUCACGUAACGCUGCGGAGGUGUGCGUCUCAGCUGGUGCAACAUCCCGUUGCACCCAGGUGUACCGCUUUGCUGGAUUUGGUGAACAAUCCAUGGAAGCAUCCCAUCCUCGACAGCAUACUUAACGGCCAAUCGGAUGAUUACGAACAUGAGGAGGAAUUCUGCUGUUCGGAGAAAGGCGAGCUGCUGACGAUGAGACUGAAGAUACUCUGUGAGGACCGCUGCGAGGACAUAGCGGUGAACCUUGCCGCUGCGUGCGUGCGCUCCCUCAGACGAAGCGAUCAGCUGCGGUCGCUCUCGGAGUCUCAUCACGUCCACUACAUGAUCGACGUGUACAUCGUCCUCUUGUACAAAUUGAAACGCACGCAAGAUAUUUUCGCUCAAUUAAAAUUAAUGGACCUCAACGACGGGCUUGAAUUGGUCCAAAGGCUUAGCGGUGAGAAGCCAACGAAGUAUGGAACGGCGCGUGUUUGGAGAAAUUCGAUAAAGGCCGCGGAAUUGGUCGCGCAGUAUCUCGUUACUGCCGGGAUGGUUCGACCGGUAUCGGAAACCGGUGCAAAUAUUUUGGAACAGAUUUUAAACUCUUGGGCGCUAUUGCACGCAAAAUUGAAGGACGUUUCGCUGACUUUACCUGGCAUGAUUAGAAAAUUAAUUGAACCCGCGGAAAGUGCUCAACAUAUUUAUAUCUUCUGUGCAGUACUUGCAAAACAUUUUGGCGAGAGUAUAAAACCAUUGGUAAUUGAACUGUACAUCAGAGCGUUAACAACAGAUAUGAACGAGCUGGAGAGUCAGAAGGCGAAAUCGGACAAGGACAAGGUGCGCGAGACCGCCAAGCGUCUGAGCACGCAAUUCCUUAAAUUGGCGGACGUAGUAGACAGCAGUAUUGGCAUCGCAAGAGAAUGCGUUUUGACAGCAUUCUCCUUACAUCCUACUAGAACCUGCUAUGACAGAAUAAAAGAAUUGGCGGUGGCGUGUGGAAAGGCGAAGGAAGAUGGCGGUUUACAAGAAGAGAUUAAAAUCAAGGAGGAACCCAAGGAAAUGAUUAUAGAAAAUGAUCAUCUUCCUAUAUCAGGCAUUGAAGUUGAAAUAAAAUCCGAGUCAAUAGAAAAUGAUAACGUCACGGAAACAUCCUCGACGCCUUUACUAAGUACGACAAUUUCGGAAGCGCAGCCAGUAGAUCAAAAUUUGGUCAUCGCAAAAGACGUAGAUUUUCAAAAUGAUCACGUAACGAAAACAUUUGAACAGACUGAUAAGUUGUUAAAGAGCCUGUUGACGACAAAGACUCCCGAUAUGAGAUCGUCUGACAUAACAAUACCAACAACGUCGACCAGCGGCAAUUGUACGUUACAAUUAAAGCGUGAAUCUUCGUCCGAGAUGCUCGGCAAGCUUUGUUUCAAUGGUGACGAAUUCUCUGGCAGUAACCAACUGAACGACGAUAAAUCACAAUUGGGCGAAGUAAGCACGAGACCAGGCGAGAACGUAGAGAGAACGUUAGACACGUCGAUCUUGAUCAAAAGCGAGCCUGUGACAGGCUCGGCAAAUUACGACGAAAAGUCUGUACCUAGCCAAAUUCUCGACGGGGAAAAAUUGGGUCUGUCACCGCAACUAUGCGACGAUCUAGCCGUAGUUCUGAGUAGUCCGCGUUAUCACAUGCUCAAUUGGGUGCUGGACUGGAAGGAGUUGAAGAAUUUAUGUGAGCGAUAUCUCGAAAACGCUGAAGAAAUGCGUAAUACGAAUAAAGAACUUAAAUAUCUCAAUAUCGAUUACUCACAGUUUAAAGAUUGGCCAUCGGAAGACGAUACUAAAGAUGUCUUCUUCGGCAUUGAAAAAGGCUAUGAGCAGUGGGUUGACCUACCAUCCGAUAGUUCUGAGCAAUUUGGUAGCUUUCAGCCGGCAGCAGGUUAUAAACGAUCGUCGGUGCGUCGCAGUUUAGAUGAUACUACCACGGACUCUGACAGUAGUAUGUUGCGAGUAUCGCGACGUACCGCACGAGCGCGGAAAAUCCACCGAUUGGAAUCAUCCGAAAGUGAAUAUGACAGCGUUGAACGUAAACCAAAGCAUUUUAGGAAUAGGAUCAGCUCAGUAUCAGAUAGCGAUAGCAAUACACAGGACAGUCAGACUGAUAGCUUAGGUAGUGACGGUUGUCGGUUAGAAAACAAAAAGAAAUCCAACAAAUCUAGCAGCAAGGAGCCCAGUAAGAAACAUUCAAAGACAUCGAAACUCAGCGUCGACUCCGUCUCACAUUUUCACAUGUUAGUAAAUGAUGAAGUGCGACAUUCGAACACGCACGAGGAUGCCAGUGGUUCUGACGUUAGCAGCAAUGACAUCAUCACUCUCUUUUCUGCCGACAUGGACGAAAACAAGCGCGAAACGAUCAAAGGAUCAGCGUAUACCGCUGCGGCACCAUUCAUUAUUACUGAAAGGCGAAGCGAUCCAGCUGUGCUUAAAACUCUUAGGAUGUUCAGGCCGCAAAGCUCGAAAAAACCGACAAGGAUUUCGCAGAUUCUGCAGAAGAAUAUAUUAAAUAAGAACAAAGAUACUAACAACGGCAACCGAACGGAUGUCGAGCAACAAGUAACCAACAAUAUUACAAAAUUUGCGCCCUUGUUAAGCACACUAAAUCUAAACCCAAAGAUUGUAUUGACACGUACGGACGAGGCAGAUCUUAAAUUAGCAAGUCACGGCAAAAAACCUCAGCAGCGGUUGAGUAGUGGUGAUAUUACCAGUGAAUUGAUGAACAUACAGAAGACGAUGCCGUUCUCGUCAAAUAAUAAGAGUGUAAUAACGUAUCAGAAGAAAAAGAACCAGCGUGCUGCAAAUGGCAAGAAUAACGCCAACGAAAAGAGCUGCCCCGUGAUAAUCGAUGGACGUCGCGACAAUCGUCGUCAUUUCGGCGUUAAGUCCAACUUGGGUAAGAGCAAGUAUGAUAUUCUUGAGAAGGCUAGGGAUUCCGAUAUAUUGGCUAAAAAUGUGCCUGGUUUGAAUUCGUUGGAUAUGAUGGUACCGCCGCGGCAGCAUUCCACGGUGAAUAUUGUCCAGCUCUCCAGAAGUAGCGUACCGCAGAGUCCAAGUUCUGCUACAAGCACAUCAACGAUCAUUAGCGUCAGUGGCAGUACGCCUCCGCGGCCGACGCGUACUCCAAGUGUAGCAAGCAACCAAAGCAGUAGUGGCGGUGGCAACAGCAGUAUACAGCUGCCGGGUACCCCGUCUUCAACAGGCGGCCAUGACAGCGGUGUCGGCAUGAGUCCAGCAGGCCAGACACCACCAUUGAGAUCAUCAUCAAACCUUGGAAUGCCUGAUAUCAUCGGCGAGGAGGGCAAUCAGCCAUUAGAUGCCGCAUCACCGACGACUAUGGGUUCGACGAUCCCGACGACGAUGGUUGCUAACAAUGUCUCAAUGGUCCAUCAAAUUGACAUUGCUGCUACUGAAUCGUCAAGUCCGGUGAGAACGAUAACGCAUAUCCGUCGUGCGAGUAAUCAACAGAAUAACCAAUCACCAAAAAAGUCACCUUCCUCGCCCGCGAGUGCAGGCGUGAUUACAGCCACAAUGACUACUGCGACGACUACGAUGUCUUCGGGCGGAUUAAUUACAACGUCUGAAUCAUUAAAAGUUAUCUGCAAACCCGAUGGCAGUUAUCAUCUCUCAUCUCGUAAUCCUAAUCAAAUUGGCCCCAAUCAGAGAAACCUUUUAAGUCUUCAGAAUUUGGAGGACAGUAGCGGCGCAAACUUCACGCGACAAACGACGCAACGCGGUGCAGAUGUGACAGGCGGUGCAUCGUCCAAUAGAAACACUUAUGAUCGACUGACCGGUACUAGUCCCGUAAAGAAUACUUCGCAAACAAGUCAGAAUGCUGGUCUGCCCAAGUUCCAACAGGCCUUUCGUAAAACUUCUAUGUAUACUCUGUCAACCGACGCGACUGCAAGUGGGGUUGCCAAUGCUGCGACAGACACAUCACUUGGUGGCGUUCAACAAACGACGACAACAUCCGUGCAGAAGACAACGACGAAUCUGUCGAAAGCGGUACAGACAUCAGUGCCAAAUAAUCAACAGCAUCAGCAACAGCAAGCGAAUACCGGAAACGUCAACGUGCAAUCGAUCAUUCCGAAUCUGCAACUGCCAUCCGGUAGGCAGAUAGUUAAUAUUGUACCAAAUUCCGGUAAUAAUGGUCCAACGAACACCUCCGUCGCUUCGAAUCAAACCACGAAUCAAACGCUCACGCAACUCGUACAGAACGCCACUUCGAAUACCGGUGUUAUAUACACGCACAAAGUGAUAGCCAGCAAUAAUCCGAGUCAACUGAAUAUCCUUCCACCAACGAUCAUAUCGCACGGCAAUUCGGUACCAAGUGGCAGAACUCCCGUAGUGAAGCUGAACAUCAUUCGUGGUUCGGUUAGAUCACCAAAUCUCUCGGGAACUAUCCAGGCUGUUUUGACACCGAGAUUACAACAACAGCAACAACAACAGCAGCAACAGCAGCAGCAGCAACAGCAGCAGCAGCAACAGCAACAGCAAACUGUGAGAACAGAUCUAAUCGGUUCUCCAAUUGAAGUAAAUAAUCAGGUGAGCUCGACAACUCUAGAACAGUUACGGGAAUUCGAGAGUGUGCUGGAGCAAGUAAAGGAAAGAAGUAUCCAACCUCAUUCUCAUCAGUCGGUCUCGAAUAGCGCGACUACAACAGCUGUGCAGACGCAGACCACCACGCAACAGACUCAGGCAAGCAAACAGCAGCAACAGAUAUCCGUUAGUUCUCUGGCGCAACAACUAAUGAUGCCAACGCAAUCCAGCACGAAUAGCGAGCCAUUUGCUAGCAACGGCAAUACUGUGACAUUUCAACCGGAUUCUGUAUACCCGCAAAAGGUCUUGGCCUAUGUGAAUCCGAACAGUGGCACCGCCAAAGUAGCGACCAAUUCCACGACACCAGUUGUAGUCACUAGCUAUUGUCAACCAGCGGCGUCGCCGGCGCUAAGCGUCACAUCUCAGAGUUCCUCGAGCCCAUGCGUGACACCAGCACCAGCACCGAUAUCGUCGGCCGGCAAAACACCAUCUACAUCGCCAUCCACCGCAGCUGGGACCACCGUCGUCAAAACUAAUGUGAAGAAAUCAACACCCAAAGUAAUCAAGAAUAGCACCACCAAUACAUCUAAGGCAUCACCUAUACCGAAACCGCAACAGAAACCGCAAGAAGAUGAGCAGACUGCCCAAAGAAUCUAUGCGAUUCUCGAUGAGUACGCGGAACAGUUGAGAAACUCGCCGGAUCUUAACAACAAACCGGCGCCCCGCAGAAGAUCCAAUCCGCCAACUAAUCCGAAUCAAUCGUCAAAGAGGAAGAAAUCAAGCUCCAGUAAAGCCAAGCCAAUUGGACAGCAAACUUCUGAACUUAGUCCUACUACAGACGAUCUUGGUAGGACUAUGGGCAGCGAGGAUUCGUCUAGUGGUAUUGUACAUGUGCAGGACAGUCCAGCUGGUUUCUCUGCACCAGAGGAGCCAUCGAUGAGCGCGGAAGCGAACGUAGAAGUGCGCAAUUUGACGAAUGAUGACAUCGAACUAAACGUGAAACGGCGUAAUCUCAUUUUUACGGAGCCAAACUCAGGCCAACCGCGUGCGUUAAUUGUUCAAGAAACGCUGCAGUCCGGUUCGGUAAGUGUUAGCGAGGCGCUUGCCUCAGUUACAGGCAAAGUACUGGUGCCUACCAGUAUCGUGUUACCGAUAAUGAAGGGCACCCAGCAUCAACUUACUAUAGUAUCCGGGUCUAAGUUGUUGACUAUGCCGACUGUACGCUCGGCCGGUGGCACUACAGUUUCAAACGCUCUACUGUUGCAGUCCAUUCUCAAUCAGAACAAACUUCAUGUUCCACAAUCGCAAACCGUCAAACAGAUGAAGAUGCAACCUACUCUACAGACGUUAUCGAACAACAAUCAGACAGUAACUGGUGCGCAAAACGUUCAGAGCACACCUGUGGUAAUAUCGCAAACCGGAAGUACGCAAUUUGCUGGAGAGGUAGAUACUGUGACGGUGUCUACAGCGGAUAAAUCGAGUGUGAUCAACGAGCUGACAUUGAAAAAUGAUGUCGCUGGUAACGCGAUAACAGUCGAAUCAGAGUCAACAAACGCCAUUAUGGUGAAUAAAAACAAUUCCACUCUCAGUCUGAUUGGAACUCGGAAUAUCAAUGAAAUAUCAGACAAUCAACAAAUAUGCGGCGUUAUCACCAGCAAUCCGACGCUGCAGAGCACGAGAUUCUUCAACUCGAACAUACAUAAAUUAUCUAACUUGAAAGCGGAAAACGCCGUGGUCUGUAUUACGCCAGCUGCUACGGUUUCUCAUUCGCCGGAAAAGAAAUCUCAGGACGGAAUACACACCGAGAAGUCAGUAUCUUUACAAGCGGAUGCCAUUACACUUGCCUUUACCCAGCAGACUGAUAUGAACGUCAUGCUGAACGACGCGAAUCAGCAACAGCAGAAGGAUACGAAGGAAGCGUCUACCGAGAUAACAUCUGGUACCAAAAUUAUUUCACCAAAAACGGUAAAAAGAAAAUUCGACAACGCUACCGAGUCUAUAUCUUGUAUCACUUCCACAAACAAGCAAUCGAGCGUUAUCGAUAGCACAUCGCAGUUCCUGGUAACCGGUGGACCGAGCAGUUCAGAUAGCCAAGAAUCAUCUGUGCAGCAAUCUACCGAGACAAUUGAUGGAUCUUGUAAAGUUGGGAAUGGGCUGCUGUACGAAAACGCACGUUUGCAAGAAGCAUGGGAAUCGGAAGGAAAGAUAUCGCCGGAUACGCCAUGGAGAUACGUUCCUACGCCGAUGAACGUACUAAGCAACGAGCCAUUGAAAACAUAUUCCAGGGAUGACAACUCCGAGAGCGUACUGCAAAUUAUCAACAAAGGCCAAGGCAUCGAAAUGGCAGCUGGACAGAUCUAUCAGUCAAACAUGAAAAAGUACUUCAUGAAUCACACUUUAGAUACUUCAUAUUCCAACAAGAAUUUAAAAUCGCAGAAUCUUAGAUUGGACCGCGAACAGCAAAGGACAGAGAGAAAGACUCCAUACUCCGAACUCAAGGUACAAAAGACCUUAUCGGAGGAGUGCGAAGAUUUGGGAGUUGACGAACCUAGCACUAGCGAGCUAUUUCCCGAAGCAGACCUGUUAUUCGACACGAAUCAUUCUCCGUCGUUUGACCAUUCCUCGCAGGAUGCAUCCUGCAGUCAGUCUCUGAGCAUGAAACCGUACAACAGCUCGUACUUCCGGUCUCUGGACUCAUCUAGCGGCAGUAGGGACGCCAGUCCAACAAACGAUUUUAAGAUGAACGAACGCAAAAGAAACACGAGUCAACGCGCGAGAACUUUAAAUUCAUCAAAGAGAGGAAAGCGAGAAAAAGAGGGUAUGCAUUUAGACAUUCCGGCGAAACAUAUGCGAUUGACUCUGGACAAUCUAAGUCAGGAUGAAGCAUCGAAUAGCAACUCAGAUAUCUCUAGGCUAUCACCUGCGAAUCUUGGCUCUUUGGAAAACGAUUCGUCAAAAGAUAUGAGUCAUCGCGUAAAACUGACCUCGAGGAUCGGCUCGAAAGAAGGAACACCCAGUAGUGUGUCCAGUAUACCAUUUAACAUGAAACUGGACAUUGACUUGGAUUCGGAAUCGUUGCCGCCCAGCAUUAACGUUAACAACACUUCAGCAGUAAGUUCAGGUGAUGAAAGCUUGACUCUCUUGAGCAGUAAUACUGCAGACCAUCAUACUAUACCAUCACCAUUAUCACCGUUAGUUGCGGCCGGGCCGUUGCUGUCCACGCACAAUAAGUACACAUAUACCAACAAAAAGCGCGUAUCAUCGUCCAAAAUGCGUAUGGACUACAUGGCAUGGGAAAGCCCAAUGUCCGAGCGCACAAGAUCUAGCACCGACGAUGAAGACUCCAGCAUUAGCGAGUCUAUCAGUAGCCAGUUAGAAGAUAACGUCGCGUUGAGCAAUGGCCUGGAAGAUAGUGUACAAACGUUAAAAUCCUUGUCAGCCGAUCGGCAUUGUACCUACAUGAAAAAGAAAGACAAACUGCAGGUGAAUGCUGCAAGAGUGAUCUUAAAUCGCACCGAUCACAAAUCAACGAUAGCGGUAGCGACAGCGCUUCCUAAACGAAUUCCCAAGGUUGAAUCGAUAGCGAUGACAGAGUCAAUGAUAAUAUCAACCGAUAAAACAUCGGAAGCAUCGGAAGACGAAGCGAGUAAUAUUGUGAUGGAGUCGACAGAUUGUCGCGCCAGAAGGUCCAGUCUGCGUUGUCAAGUAAAGAAGAACUGUGCGUGCUGCAACGGUUCGCCGGAGCGACCGAAAAAGAAGACGACGGUGACAACAAUGAUCAAAUCGACGGAUCACAAGCUGAAGAAGCGGUUGCCAUCGAAGCAGCCCGGCAAGAAGAGGUAGUCCUAGCGAUCGAACGCUCGCGCGAGUAUCGCAACGUGUUACAUCAUUAGCGUAUCAUCGUCGGUGGUUUCAGAUGCGACGACGAUACGGACGUUUUAGCGCGAUCGAAACUGGUCGAGAAUUUGACACUUCUCGCUAUAAAAAACAUGAUUCAGACAGCGAACAAUUUUAUUCGCGGAUCGAAAGAUCCGUGACGAUGGCAUUGUAAAUAUUAUAAAAAACGCGCUUAGACGCAAGUUCCGUGAAUCUGUCACAUUUAUAAUAUUUGGAACAUUCGAUGGCUGCACUAACACUUGCAGAAAGCAGGUAGGCUUAAGUGCGAGCAAAAGAAAUAUUCAUGAAUUUAAAUUAACAGUGGAUCUACUUCACGUCGAUAUGCGUGCUUAUUAAUAUAUAUAUAUGAAUGAAUGCAUGAAAGAAGAGAGAAAGAGAGGGAGAGAAAGGACGGAAGUAUAAUAAAUAUACGAUUUACUACUAAAUAGUUCUCGUCGAUAACAGUAGAUCAUCCUUCUACCAUUAGGUGUUAAUUACGAUAUUAGAUUGUAAGGUACAGAUCAUUUAUGUAUGACAGACUUAGAUUUUAAAUCGUUAAGGACCGUUUUAGCGAUACAAUCUAGUCAAGUCGUUUUUGUGGCAAGGAAUAAGCGACGAGUGAACAAAGUGUUAAGGUAAAAGAAGCCAGCGAAACCAUAACGAUCGUUAAUAGAACCCUCGCAGAGUAAAGAGAGCCUGAAUUUAUAUAAUUCAAUUUAUAGUAUGUCUAUCAUGGCAAAGCUGUUCCACGUUGUAACAUGGUGUGGUCAGACUGAAUAGACAAAUAAUAAUAGAGUUCUCUUUCCGAAAAAAAAUAUUAGGAUAGUAACAAGGACAUGUGGUCUCUUUGGGAGUCGCAUCCGUCUUUGCCUUUCGUGUAAUGCUUACCAGUAUCUGUAUAAUUCUAACUUUAUAUAGAGAGGAAAUUGUCGCUAUAAAUUCUCGGCACUCUGCUCUUAGACGAUCCACGAAGAACGCGGAGUUUUUGAAUAAAGACGAUAACGCCUGAUUCAAGCGCACGAGGCGUAUAAAGUGGGGGAUUAGAAAAAAAGAAAGAAAAAGAUGUAGAGUGGCAAUAACAUGUUCUACGGAUCACAGCUGUCUGUUGUACGGCCCGACCAUACCUUGUCAUGGUGCAUGUAAAAAUCCACGAUUGUACAUUGCGUAGAUAAUUCAUUAAAAAAGUAUAAUAUUAUAUAUAUAUCGCUGCACUUUAGUACAAAAACGCUUCACUUUGUUUCAGAUGAGAAUGAUAGAUUUAUUUAUAUCGUAUCUCCGUGUGCUACCGUGAAACGUAUGAAUGUCUGCAAAUUUUACUAUGGAUUUACUCUAAAACUUGUAACUUAUAAAAGAUCGUGAGAACGGUAUAGGUUGCGUGGGAGUAUAAGUUUAUCUAACAUUUCGUUAUUGAUAAUUCUAAUUAAUGAAAACGUACGUCGGGCGCUGAUAUUCAUUCCAAAAAUUUUUUAUCCCGG